AUGUUCAUCACAACAACGGAGUGGGCCUCGGAGUGGGGGGGAGCCAAGGCAAAAGACACCCGCACGCCGUUCCGCCGCCUCCCCUUCUACUGCUGUGCGUACGUGACUGAUCCUUCCGUUUUCGCUUCCGCUUCUCCCUCCUCGUCCGCUUCCCCAUCCCUUCCAGUUCACCUUUCCCUUCCCUCCCGCCGCCUCCUCUUCAAUUCCUGUGCAUACCUGCCGUUCCCGUUAUCCUCGUUUGCAGGGUUUCCUUUACGCCGUUUGAAGAUCCAGUCUGCUCUCCAGAGGGUCACUAACAUCGUGCCGUACAUUCAGAAGUUCAAACGUAACCCGGUUACCGGCAAGCCUCUGGCCCUCAAGGACCUGAUCAAGCUUCAUUUCCACAAGAAUGCUGACGGUUCGUACCAGCGUAACCCAGCUAUCUCUGUCCUCUAUUCGCUGAGUGCUGUCCUUGUGACAAUUCUCAAAGGGACCCUCACAGACCUGAUCAAACUUCACUUCCACAAGAACGCUGACGGCGAGUACCACUGCCCGGUUUUGAAGAAGGUGUUUACCGAGUUUACCCACAUCGUGGCUGUCAAGACAACCGGCAACGUGUUCUGCUAUGAGGCCAUCAAGGAGCUGAACGUGAAGCCCAAGAACUGGAAGGAGCUGCUGACGGAUGAGCCCUUCACACGUGCUGACAUCAUCACCAUUCAGGAUCCCAACAAUCUGGAUGCCAAUGUGCUCACGGAGGUCGACCACGAUCCCAACAACCUGGAUGCCAAUGUGCUCACAGAAUUCGACCACGUCAAGCAGAACCUCGCUGCUCCAAAGGAAGGUGAAGGCAGCGCAGCAGCAUCGGGCGUCAAUGCAGCAGUGCCUGAGAGCAUUCAGCGCGUGCUGGCCAUCCCAUGCUGUCUUUCACCCUUCAAUUCCUCCCCUUGCAGCAUUCAGCGCGUGCUGGCUGCCCUUCCCAAAAAUGAUGGCGAGGAGCCUGGAGUCGGUUCAUCCAAAGUAGGUCCAUCUGGGGCGAGCUUAUCUGGUCUGGGGUGUGAUGUGCUGAUCUGGGGUCGGUUACUAAUGGGCGGGGGAGGAAGCAAGGCAAGGAAGGAAGCAGCUGCAGCAGCAGCAGCACUAGAUGCAAGGAAGGCAGAGGAGGUUGCUGCUGCUGCCGCCGCUGCUGCCAGAGAAGCCCUAGCCGCACAAGAGGGGGGAGAGGGUGGAGAACAAGUAGGGGGAGAAGGAGCGGGAGGAGCAGGGGGAGCGGGAGCAGGUGCCAAAGGAAAGGGAGGUGUGGAGAAGGCGAAGAGGAAGCGGGGAGAGGAGCGGGAAGCGGAGCAGCAGAAGAAGCACGUUCAGCAGCAGAUCCUGCAGAGGCAGAGAGAAAUGGAAGCCCCUUCAAUCGCCGGCAGCGCAGCAACCACCGCUGGUGCUGCUGGUGCUGCCGGUUCAGCAGGAGCAACAGGAGCAGGCACAGGCGCCCCUCCCCCUAUGAGCAUCGUCGACGCCGCGAGUGCUGCUCUCUCCGGCCGCAGCGCAGCUGCUGCCAAGGCCACCGACGAGAAGAAAGCCCAUGCGCGCGCAGCAGCGCACGCAGCAGGGCAGCGGGUGCCUAUCAAAGAAAACACAAAGCUGGUCCGAAGCGCGUAUACGUCCGGAGCGACGACGCGGUCGUUUACGUCUACGGUGUAUGAGCCGGUGACGACGACGGAGUAUGAGAUGGUGAGGGUGGAGAAGAAACCGAAGAAGAAGGGGUACUGUAGGGUGCACACGAGUGCGGGCGAUCUGAACGUGGAGCUGCAUUGUGAUAUUGUCCCACGGACGUGUGAGAACUUCUUGACGCUCGCGGAGAGGGGGUACUAUAAUGGCACCAUCUUCCACCGCUGCAUUCGAAAUUUCAUGAUCCAAGGAGGAGACCCUACUGGAACAGGCAAGGGAGGGCAGUCAGCGUGGGGCAAGGCGUUUCAGGACGAGUUUGACUCGCGGCUGGGCCACAGCGAGAGGGGCGUGCUGUCCAUGGCCAACAGCGGCCCUCACUCCAACGGAUCGCAGUUCUUUGUGCUCUUCAAGUCGGCGCCUCACCUGAACUACAAGCACUCGGUAUUCGGCCGCGUGGUGGGAGGAAUGGAGACUCUUACUGCCAUGGAGAGGAGUGCCGUGGACGAUAAAGACAGGCCCCUGAAACCCAUCACGAUCGAGAGCAUUACAGUGUUUGUGAAUCCGUACACAGAGGUGGAUGCAGAGGCAGAGGCGGAGGAGGCUGCAGCGAGGGAGAAGGAGGAGAAGGAGAGGAAGGGCAAGGAGCUCACGUGGGAGGAGCAACAGGAGUUGGAUGCGGUGGGUAGUUGGUACAGCAACCCGUUGGCAGGCAAGGAGGCUCCGAAAGUCUUUAAGUCGCAAGGAAUCGGCAAGUAUUUGAACCCAGCAGUGGCAAAGCCUUCUGAGGGCAGUGGGUCUGGUUCGAAGGCUAUGGGCCCACCGCACGUUCCUGUGAAGAAGGCUCAACCAAGCUCUUACGGAAACUUCGACGCCUGGUGA